AUGCCCUUUCUAUUGCUAAAUGAUGAUGUCCUGUCGUCCAUAUUGUCCUUCGUUUCACCCAGUGACGCCUUUGCUGUCGCAGCCACUGCUAAGAGAGUCCACUACAUCGCUAUUCGCCGUGCACUAUCCUCAGCAAGUCUCGAGACGCCUGCACAAGUGAAGGCCUUUAACUCAUAUAUUCUCGCGGAUGCAGAAUACCGGCCGGCAUGCAUACGCGCAUUGACACUAUCUGCAUGGGCCUUCCGAGACGUCAAUCUGCGUAAGGACUACUCGGCCGUACCUCACCUUGUCGCUGUCCUUGCGUCUGCACACGGUUUGCGAUGCCUCUCUCUCCCGGACAUUGAGACUGUGUUACAAAACAACCCUCAAAUUUGGAAUGCCAUAACUGGGUUGUCUAACCUCAUCGAGCUGCAUUUACGUGAUGCUGGCCCUCUCGCUGUCUCUCUAGUGCACAAUCUAGGACGUGGACUUGUGAAUCUUUCUGUCAGCAGUGCCGAAAACAUUCGAACUGCGCUCAUUCCUUCACUCAUCCCAGCACUCACCCGGCAGCAAGAUCUGCGAUCCCUGAAGGCCAGUGCUGUGUUCUUUUAUCCCGAUGUGAUGGAGGACCCCUCAAUGGUCCACUCGGCACUCCAGUCCUUGGAGGUCUAUGAUUGUCUGUACCUGAGCAACAUUGUCUCGCGCACGUUCCCUAACAUUCAGACAUUGCGCGCAAUUCGACCACUGCCCCAUGCAAUUGUUACCGUCGACCGUCCUGGCUGGGGACCAGCCUCUUGGAAACACUUAGAACGCCUUUACAUUCAAGAGCCUGCCGACUUCACGUUGUGGAAGGCAUCCUGUCUCGUGCGCUGGUUGAUAUUCACGAAUAAGGGGGGUGUCUCAGAUGCAUCGCUAGUUGAAAUGGUGGGCGGUACACUGCCUGUCAUUCUGACCAUGACGGUCACCCAAACCAUGCUCAUCUCCUGGAUGAGCUUAAUGAACGUGAAUUCCCGUCUGAGGUGCCUUCAGCUCACCCUCCUUUCAACCACUGGUUUUGACGAUCAUAAUGGCAUAACAAACCUAUCUGGGUGGAUGGCAUCCCUCCCUCCCAUUCUGUAUUCCUCAGCACUCGUCAUGAUUCGAAUCUACAUUGUAGGACAUUUCCCGAGACAAAUGGCGGAAUCGGAGGAUGACGUCCUCGAGCGGUUGGCAGUUCCAAUCGCAAAUGCCAUUCCUACUCUCCGUUAUUUGUGCCUCGGAGCGGGUCCUGGAAUAGCCUGGGACAGCGAUGCAGAUCCUGCGGAACCUAACUUCAUGGGCAGGAUUGUUUGGUGGAAAGUGUUCGACGAAGACGGCAGGCGCUGCCUAAGACCGAUCUCGUCGGAGGUGUGGUUCCGUGCGCUGGCGCAUAUCGACAGUGCGGAGUUUGAGUUUGAUUUGGUUUUUGAUGGUGUGUCCCUGAGUCCUGAAUGCUCUUAUGCUACCGUGACUAACAUCAUUCCAGAGGUAGGAGAGAUGUGGAGGUUGCUUUGA